CCGUUACCACGCCCUCGCGCCGCGCAACGUCGCCGCCUAUAAAAACCCCCCCGGCCGGCCAUCGUCCUCCUCGCGCCGAGCCCAACUCUCGAUCGUGCGUGCGCGCGCCGGCGAAACGAUCGCGCGAUCGAUCGGCGAGGGCGAGCGAGCUAGGAGCUGACGGCUGAUCAUCACGUGUGAUGAGCACGUACAUGGCGGCGGCGGCGGCGAGGUCGGCGGAGGUGAAGACGGAGGGGCUCCUGAGGGGCGCCUGCGCGCUGCUGGCGGCGGCGGCGGCGCUGCUGGUGGGGCUCAACACGCAGACGGAGACGGUGCUGCUCAUCAGGAAGAAGGCCACCGUCAGGGACGUCCAGGCGCUGUGGGUGCUGGCGAUGGCGACGGCGGCGUCGGCCGGGUACCACCUGCUGCAGCUGCUCAAGUGCUUCUACCUCGGCCGCUUCGCCGGCGGCAAGCCCUGCCGCGGCGUAGCCUGGCUCUGCUUCCUCCUCGACAAGGGGUGCGCGUACGUGACGUUCGCGACGACGGUGGCGGCGGCGCAGGCGUGCAUGGUGGCGCUCGACGGCGCGCACGCGCUGCAGUGGAACAAGCUCUGCCACAUCUACACCCGCUUCUGCGAGCAGGUCGCCGGCAGCCUCGUCUGCGGCAUGCUCGCCGCCGUCGGCGCCGCCCUCCUCUCCGCCGUCUCCGCCCGCAACCUGUUCCGCCUCUACCCCUCCAUGCUCCCGCCUCCGCCGCCGCCUUCCUACGCGGGCUAGCCAGCUAGCUCCGCCGCCGCCGCAGCUCCCUCCCUGGGCUUUCGAUUGCUUUGCUAGCGUUGGGCCCAACUAUAGGCCCAAGUAAGGCAUAUCAGCCUUUUCCUUUUUUUUCUCUCUGUUGUUUUUGUUGUAGUGUACCGUGCUAUACCAGUAUACAGUUAGUAUAUAUCAUAUACUCUAUAGGUGGUAUAUGUACUUGUACCUCUCUACUCUCUUAAAAACAUAGUAUCAGUAGAUGGUGUGCUUGCUUCCUCUCUCUGGUAAGAAACUAGGACCAAGCUUGUGGCACGUUUCAGUGCAUAAGUAAUAAUGGUACACUCUGAAAUUGUUGUGAAUAAUAUAUAGAAAAAUUUCGGUUUAA